CCGGUCCGCAUUCCCAUCGCGAGUGCCGUUGACGUCGGGUUCGAAUUCCUCCGGUGGUGCUGCGUACGUUGCAGGUCGGUUUUUCUAGUUUGUGGGCUGGAUCCUCCCUUCCGCUCUCUCCGUGAGUCGAUUCCUCAACCCGUGGAUUCCAGGAUUGCGGUCGAUCCUUUUCGGGAGUGGUGUGUGCACCCCUGUGAGUGUGUCUGUGUUUGUGAUUUGGUGUGGUGACACACCAAAAAAAAGUCAAUAAGCGUUAUAUCAUCGGGUUUGUGUGAGGGUCCCGAAUUCAUUUGGGACGAGGGGGUUUAAGGAGGUUCCCCCCUUAAGGAUUACCCAGCGGAAGCAGCAGCAUCCAGCGUUCAGUUCAGGACAAAUCUUCAAGGUGACGAAGGUUUCGGCGAAGAAGUAGAGACCCCAAAGGGGGUUCCAGGAACAAACCUCCCUAAAAAGGUCUCGAAGAGCCACGUGCCGUGCUCGUCGAGUUCUAGGAAAAAAAGUAAAUAAAUCGAGGAAAACCCCUACAAGUGUAAUUUAAAGUGAGCUACCAAAAUGAGUGCACCGAUUUCCUGCAAGCAUCGCCCAAGUUGCGAAGGAAAAAUUGCGUAAAAAGUCUGGGGGGCAGCCCAAAAGGUUCGACAACCACUUGUGUGUAGUGAGCAAAAAAAGGAGAACGCAUCAACUGCGUUGAAUUUACCACCCCUUGAAACGGAUCAGCACCCAGCUUCACAUUGGAAUACCAAGAGCAGCAAAGUUGUGCGUGUUCGCACAACGAAAUCAAACCAUCGUGCUUCAGAAUCAUGGUUACCAAAAUAUGGCGAAGCUGCUUCCCAGACAGGGCCAACUCUCCGCACCACGUCGAACGGCAUCAUUUCUACCUGUGUCAGUGGCAAAGUAACACCCAGGUCGGAAUAUGCUACCUGAUGUACCGGCUCAUCGUGGCCAUCCUGUUCCUGGCGGUGCUGGCCUGCUCGGCGCUGGACAUUGGCCGCUCGGAACCGAUGCUGGAGCACCACUACGCCAAAUGGUGGAUCUACCUGACGCACUGGGGCCUGAUAGCGUGCGCCGUGCAGGCCUGGCUGGCGGCGAUUAUCGUCACCAAGGGCCUCAUGAUCGACCGGAACGAGUUUGAGUGGAACAUCCACGUGGCCCGGGAGAGCCGCCUGCAUGCCGUGUACUGGAUCGUGUACACCAUCGCCACCGUUUACUCCUUCAUCGUCUCGCUGGUCUACUGGACGUUCGUCUUCGAUCCCGAAAUUCACCGCAUCGACGCCGUAAAUCUGAUGGUGCACGUGCUCAACUCCGUCAUCAUGCUGAUCGAUCUGACCAUCGUGGGACACCCGAUCCGGCUGAACCAUGCCUACUGGACCACGGGCAUCGGCGUGGCGUACGCCGUCUUCUCCGUCAUUUACUACCUGGCCGGCGGCACUGACAGACACAACGAACCCAGCAUCUACAAAAUGCUCGACUGGACCAAGCCGGGCAAGUCGAUCGUGGUGUGCGCCGCCGGCGUGUUCUUCGUGUUUGUCGUGCACUUCUUCUGCUACUGUCUGUACUGUCUGCGGGUGUGGCUGUACGCGCAGGUGUGCCUCCCGGAGACGUCCUCGUCGGUGGACAACCUGAGCGGCGGCAGUGGCAGCACCCGCAAAACCCUCGGCAGCAGCCGGGAAAAGAUCAGCUCGAUCACGCGGACGCUCUCGUCGAUGGAGGAGUCCCAGCGGGAGCAGUUCCUCAACCCCAGUACCAUCAUCGACCUCAAGUGAUAUGCGGCCGACGGUGGCCAACAAGGGGGAGGUGGUGGUGACGGUGGGAGAGGCGGGGGCUGCCCUGCCUCCGUCCAACCGUCGACCAGCAGGAUGAGGCAACCGUAAGGAGAGUGAGAGAGAGAUCCCGGACAACCUGAAUCCUGAAAGCCCUGCUAGAACCGUCGCGAUGGUCGUCGUCGAAUGAAAUGUGUAACAGAAAAUCAGCUCAAGAAACUCAAAAAACAAAACAAAAAGGAAACUUUGCCCGGAAGAUGAAGAAGAAACAAGCAAAUACCCGUCACUCGACGCCGUUUAAACAGAGAAGAAAACGAGAUUAAUUGAAAAAAAUAACAAAGCAAAACAAAACAAAAAACAACAAAUCCAAAAGAAAGCGUUCUUUAGCACAGUAAAAAAGAAGCAAAACAAAACAACAACAAAAAAACAGAAUUAUGUAACUGAUCAUAGGAAUUUUACGUAGGUCGUUAAUAGAGCAAGGAGAGCAUAUUUUUUGUAUACAGUUUUAAACUAUCGCAAAAGUUUAAAGAAAACAAUUUGUCACCAUGACAGUUCGGACAAGCAAGCGAAAGGGAAGGGAACAGAAGUUAGAGAGAGAGAGAGAGGUUAGUGAUAAGAACCGGAAAGUAAUGUGGGUGUCACCAAAUCAGCACGCGUGAAGAAGACAGGAGCAGGAGUUCAAUCUCGCGAGUGAUAUCACUUGCAUGUACGGUAUCACUUUGCACACUAUUCAAUUUGAGAUUACAUUUAGCUGUAUGUAUUUUGAAUUUAGGAAUGAAUUUAG